GCCUCAGCUGCAGUUUCUCCACUGGAGGUGGCAUUCAUCAAGGACUCUCCUCUUGUCCAGAGAGACUCUGUAGAGGCCCACAUCCUUCUCUCGCGACCUGUCCAGUCUCUGGUCUGCAGACUCAAGGGAGGAUCCAUUUCCACAGAACAAGACUGCUCCAGUGGUCAUGUGGAGUUCUCUGGACUGAGUCCUGCUCUCUACACUCUGAGAGUAGUGGCCAGGAAUGAUAGAAAUGACAAAGCUUUCAUUAAGACCCGUUUCGAGAUCACAGAUGACACGGAGCGCUGUACUCUCCACCUCAUCAAUGGUGGAGUGAGUGUGAGUGGAGACAGUGCCACAGUAGAGUUCACUGGGAGGGGACCUGCCCACGGCUACCUCUGUUACCUGGACAAGAUGGAGCCCUACCAGUGCUCCAGUCCAGUGGUGGUGAGUGGGUUGAGUUCUGGGAGACAUGUCCUGAAGGUGGUACCCACUGGCUGUGGCAGGAACAGAAUGAACCUGAAAACUGACUUUACGAUUUGAAACUCCUUAUACCUUUUUGAUGUCACAUUAGUAGCAUUCAUACAUAACCAUACUUGUGGUUUAUAAAGUGAUGGCAUCAGUGUAUGGGCCAA